AUGCUUGGACAUAAUGAUUAUAUGAAAGUUAGGCAAAAUUUUAUUAAUGAUAUUUUAAUAGCCAACCCAUUUGCUUCGAAAAGAAAAAGAGGUAGCACUAUUGUAAAAUAUGCAGAAGACUUGACUAGAAUAUAUGUUGUAGGAGCUUCAGAAUAUUUGGUAAAUCCAGCAAAAGAAUUCUCACUUUGGAUGCUUCUCUAG